GCCAUGGCCGCCGUUGCCAUGCCUCCUAGACCUUCAACUUCAGGUGGAAGAAGAUAUGUCAGACCCACCAUGGAGCAGAAGGUUCCCCUGCCAGACUCUAGACCUAGCACAUCUGGCGAGAGAAGGUGUGCAACUCCUUCAGCUCCUAGCCCUGGCAGACAAGAUGGAGCGCCGACAGCAGCAUCCGAGGAGGGCCGCGAUGCAAGCAAACCAAGGGCCAUGUCACUCAGACCGACAUCCGAGGUCACGGUCAAAGCAAGCAAGACGAGGGCCAUGUCACUCAGAGAGACAUCCACCAAGGAGGGCCGCGAUGCAAGCAAGCCAAGGGCCAUGUCACCCAGACCGACAUCCGAGGACAAUGCGGAUGGUCUUCCUUCCAGCUGCCUGCAGCUGCCCGAAGUGUCAAGGUCUGGCCGAUCAACCAGUACAAGGGAACCCAGUGAUUCGAAGAAGUCCACUGGAUCAGUGAGCACUACCGUAAGAGACGACCACAGUAGAGGCACCAGCAACUUCACACGGCGCCUGUCUUUUGUUGAUUGCUCGACAGAAGACCUUGAUCAGCAUUUCCGGGAAGAAUUUGGAGGUGCUGAUUGGUUUAAAAACUUCUGGCAUGGUGUGCUCGUGCAGCAGCCCGCAUGUCGAGCACUAUCUAAUCGAUCCCUGACCAACUGGGUGAUGAUUUAUACCAACUGGAAGGUUGCAGCGAAGUGGAAUGGCCAACCACCUGAGUCUAUGAACACCUAUGAGCUUCAAGACUGGUUGUCAGCUCCGCUAGCGCGUGUGCUUGAGCUGGUGAAAGUCUUUGAUCCAACAGGCUUUGCAAAGGUCAACAUCACCAAGGCGACCCAGGAUCACCACAGAGUCCGUGUGGCAGUUAUACCGCUUCUUGCAGCUUGCUUGAUUUUGUCCCAGACGCUGACAACAAGGCAAAAGGUCGACUUCCUUUUUCGAAUCUUUGCGUCAGACAACAAGAAUUCAUUGUCGAUUCACGAAUUUGCAGCGCUGUGGGUGAAUCUCUUCCGUGCUCUGGGCUGUGCCUUUGGUGUCCGGGAGAUCCCACAGCCACGAUGCGUGGCCGUUGCUGCAAGGAAGGUCUUUGACCAGCUUGAAACAGAUGACAGGCUUCCGAAAAAAAAUCUGGAAGACUUCCUAUCCGGCAAGCUAAUGGAUCCUAUCGGGGUGCCGUUUUCCCUGGUGAUGCAGCGCUUCUCUGUUGACGCCAACCUUAUUGAUCCAGACAGCUACGUCGACGAGAGCAAGAGGUUCAGACUUUCACACAACGAGCCACAUGGGCAUCCACUCGAAGCAUACAAUCUGCAGGAUGGCGAUUAUCUGACUCGGAUGGAAGUUGUGGUUUCCAGAGAUGUAUUUCAGUUCUGCAGAUCCAUUGGAGAUUUUGAGCUGUCUCAUUCCGAUGCUGAAAAAGUGAUCGGGAAGCCCAUUCCUGUGAACAUGUGGUGCAGUCGUAUGUCUCGAGCGUUGGAGGAAGUUUGUGGACACGAAGGUUCCAGCGCUGGUCAUGAUUUAAGCACGUUUCUGAAGAAGCUUUGCCCAAGAGCCACAGCAACACACUUGCAGAUGUUCAAGUGCUGGCUCCAGGAGUACGAUCAACUUCAAAAGCAGAAGGUGGCUCUGGAGAGGAGCAAAGAGGUAUUGGCUGAGCUCUACAAUUACAUGGUACAGCCAGUCAUGACAGAGCGCGUGAAGCAGGGGCUUAUUUCUAGUUUUCAUGCGGUCGACAGGAGCGAUGAUGGCCGUGUGAAUACUUUGGACCUCCAAACCACCAUGGAAGUCGAAAAAGACACUGCGAAGUCCAUGAUGAAGUAUUUCGACACAAACGGCGAUGGCUUUGUUGACAUCGAAGAAUACAUUGCUGCCAUGUGUCCUGAAGGGCAGCGCUUGCCGCCAAAGGUUCAGGACCGCAUUUUCGACUUGCUUCUCUCAGCAGAGGUUGAGAGGCAAGAAAAAAUAGUGACUGAACAGGAUGCGCUGUUCAAACAUCCCACAGAGCACAAGGCAACACAUUGCUUGAAAGCAAGAUUAUUCCUACGAAAGCAGGUGCCGGAUAUGGUGUGGGAGGACUGGAUUGCAGCAUGGGAAGCAUUAGACGUGACAAAGCUUGGAUACUUGACUCGUGCCCAAUUCAGAGAAACGAGGGCGAUGCGAAUGGACGUUAGUGAGUUUCUGUUUGACCUGAUUGCUGGAAGCAGUGAGGCUGACAGCAUUUCCAAGGAGCAGUUCCUAAAUAAACUGUUGGACGCUGCUGGUUUCCGGCCACGCAGUGGCUUUCCUCCUGUGGCAUAGUGCAAUGGAGAAAUCAGACACUCCAUCUCAGAAGCUGUAGUGGAGAGUGAGUUCACACCCGACAGGAAUCGGAAGAUUUGCACAAGUCCACUUGGAACCAAGAAGCUCCCAAUGGAUCUGUGACAAGUUGGGACAUGG